AUGCUUGGAUUAAGUAAAAACAUCUACCAAGUGCCUCCAAGUAGCUCAUUGUCAGUAAAUUCCAAGGAAGAAAGAUUUGAUUAUGAUGAAAGCGAGUCUGACGAAAACGAUGAGGGCGUAUCGAUGGGCAAACUAAGACUUGAGCAAGGUUUCAGUUUUCGCUCAUUUAUCGACCAGAUUAAUGCUAAAACAAAAGCGUUAGCUAUGGCCCGCGAAAUGGAUGCAGAGAGAGGCAUAAGGCAAGCAGAUGCCAAUGGCAGUGUCGGUUCGAUUGAUACAACAACAAGUACAUCUACGGACGUGGGCCAAGUCUCCAAUGACACGCGUCCCAAGGCAAACAUAAGGAGGAUUCCGUCUGGAGCACGUCCAUCCACAGCGGAACCUAAUUUAGGAACGUCAACUCCUAUGAAAUCAGCUCCACCGGACAAUGAUUCGCGAAGUCAAACAAUAAGUGAUCUCUUAGUGCAAUCGACUCCAUUAGCGCCAUUGAAAUCAGCGCAUAUCAACAGGGAACAGCAGCCAAAAGAUAUACUAAAGGACAAACUCAUGGAAACACACAAAAAUCAAAAUGAAAAGGAAGAGGAGAUUCUUUCAGCAGAAAACGACAAUGACAUUCUUAAUGAAAUAUCGAAACUAAAAAAAGACAUAGAGCUAUAUCAGCAAUCCCAAUCCAGAAAAGAAGAAGAGUUCCAGAAAAUUGAACAGAGUUUAAGGGAGAAAGAUGACGAACUGGAGAGACUCAGAGGCAAUAGAAGCGAACAAGAAGAGGUCAUAUCUUUGCUACACAACCAAUUAAAUGAGCAUCGUGAGUAUAUAGAACUUCUCCAGAAGGAUAGAAAGGAUGAUGCACAAAAAUAUCAGCAGACGAUUGACACGUUGGAAAAGCAGCUGCAAACUGUGACGUCCAAGCUUGAGGUGAAUAAUACUCUGGAAGAAAGAUUAAGGCAAGCCACUGAAAAUCUUGAAAUGGAAAAAAAGAGCUCUGGUAAAGUAAUUGAAGAACUUGAAAAGGCAUUGGGUGAUAUUAAGGAGACCAACGUGCAACUGUCAUCAUCUAUGGAAGAUUUGAAGAAGUGUAAAAUUUCACUAACACAAGAGGCGGUAGUUAAUUGCCAGGAAAUAGAUAAUUUGAGAAGAAAGUUGGCUGAACAUGAAGAGGAAAUCGAUCGUCAGCAAAAAGAGAAAGAGAAAGUGGUUUUAGGGAAUCGAGCGGAAAUCUCAGCUCUUUCGUCAGCUAAUGAUCGGUUGCAAGCAGAAUGCGAACGUCUAAAAAAGCAGAUCUCAAUAUUAGAGAAGCAACAUUUAGAGCAUGAGAGUUUAAGGGAUGGUCUGGAAAAAACAAACAAGGGAAUGCUCGAUGUAAUUGACACAUUGAAACGUACUUCACAAGAGCAGCACGAAACGAUAGCAAAACUUGAAGCAGGUGCCGAGAAAAGGUGGAAUAAGGAAAUGCAAGCACUUUCUCAUUUUAAAUUAAAGUACGAAAAAUUAGAGGCUCAAUGCCAAACUACACAAAAUGAAUCGCGGUCACUGAGAGAAAAUCUCGAGAAAGAAAAAUUCGCUGAGCAGGAAUUCAGAGAAUUUUUGGUAGGAGUUUCACUCUUCGAAGUUGACAUUGGUAGCCUUAUCUUGACUGGAUAUCAACAAUGCAAAUUUAAUUUCUCUCUAGACGGUAUGUUUACCGAGACAAAUAGCGAGUUUAUCGGCUUCAAGUCGAAGCAAGACAUUCUUGACCGAAAAACCGUCGAAAGCAAACUUGAAGCUUCACAGCAUGAAUUGGAAUUGCUGACAAAAACAAUAGAAACAGAAUGGAAGCCAAAAGUGGACGUAUUUCAAAAAGAGCAAGAACGCCUAGCGGCUAAAAAUGAUGAAUUAGAACUCAAACUCGCUAAAAGUGAGGUCACUAUCAGAGAUCUAGAAAGGUCUUUAGAAGAACUUAAUGAUAAGGUAUUUGUUGUUUCGAGUGAAAGGGAUUCUUACGCUGAAGAAAAACACACUCUUAAUGAACAAAACAAACAUUUAGAUUCGAAGUUGGAAGCAGAAGAAAAACGGACACUUGAUCUUUCCACUCAAAUUGAAAAACUUAUCAGUGAACAUAAUGUUUUGACCGAACAAUUGAAUGAGCUCAGAAUGCAGCUUGAAAGUGGUCAGCAAAGUUUAAACCAGAAAGAUGAGCUCUUGGACGUGCAGCAGAAGAGUAUAGCUGAAUUUCAGGGCGAAAUUGCCAAGUUGCACCAAUAUAUAAACAAAAUCGAAGGCAAGUCCUCCAAAAAGAUAACAUUCCAAGUUGCAUCCCACUCUCACCCUCAUCUGACCAAGAGGAUAUAUGAUUCUCUGAUGGUUGACGCGGUAAAUAAUUUAAAUCUCGUCGAGCUACAAAAUAUGGUAAAAAACAUGAUCCUAUUGUUAGAAAUUCCUCUAUCAAAACUUACCAAGAAAAUCCCUCUGGUUAGCAUAUACUUGCGAUAUGAGAAGAGUUUGUGUCUUCAUUUCGCCAAUAGGCUCCAUCAUUUGGUGUUUCAUGAGGCUAUCGAUAUUAAACGAUUCACAAACGUUGCAUAUGGUCAAUAUCUAGAGAGUCACGACAUCUGUCACCUCCAGCAUCCUCUCGAAAAAUGCUUAGAGAAUCUUUUCAAGGAAGUUUCGUCGAGAUUGUUGUUGUCUCCGUAG